UCUAUCGCCAACAACGCUGAUGGCAACCAACAGAUUUGUGUGUGAGAUCUGUAACAAAGGGUUUCAGAGGGACCAGAACCUUCAGCUGCACAGAAGAGGCCACAAUCUUCCAUGGAAGCUCAGGCAGAGAACCACUACUGAGGUUAGAAAAAGGGUUUAUAUAUGCCCCGAGCCGACUUGCGUCCACCACAACCCGGCUCGGGCGUUGGGAGAUCUCACCGGCAUUAAAAAGCACUUCAGCCGCAAACAUGGAGAGAAAAAAUGGAAAUGUGACAAGUGCUCCAAGAAAUAUGCAGUGCAGUCGGAUUGGAAGGCUCAUCAGAAGACUUGUGGCACUCGAGAAUACAAAUGUGACUGUGGAACCAUCUUUUCCAGGAGAGAUAGCUUUAUCACCCACAGAGCCUUCUGCGACGCAUUGGCAGAAGAAAACAACAAAGUCAACCACGGCCUCAUGAGCUCACAGACCCAAAUGCCUCUCCCUCAUGACCAGCUCAUAUCAUCAAUGGCCAUGAACACCAACUCAUCCAUGGGAGGAGGAUCCGACGUCCUCAAUUACGAUAUUUCGAAUAAAAACUCACUCAAUAAAUCCUUCCCUGACGAUCUUGUGCCAAUGCCAUUCAAGUCGAUGAACAUGAACAUAAUGGCAGGUGGUGGUGGUGGGGGGCCAGGCAUGUUUUCAAGCACCUCAGGUUCACUCUUUGGCGGGCCAAGAAGCGUUUCAUCAGCCUCGGCCUCUAGCCUUCAGCUGAGCUCCAACAACAACAACAACAACAGCUCAUCUGGGUUCAAUUACCUUCACCAUCAAGAAACCAAAAAUGGGGGGAGCACCCAAAGUAACAUUACUGGGGCAGCUCAAAUGUCUGCCACUGCCUUACUUCAAAAAGCAGCUCAAAUGGGUGCCACUGCAAGCAACUCUACCAUCAACUCCCCCAUGAUGCAGAAGAGCUUUGUUAGUAGCAUGGCAGGCCCUGAUCAGCUCUCUGUUAAUCCUAUUUCCAUUAAUAAUAAUAACAAUAAUAAUAAUAAUAAUAUUAGACCGCCAUCAUCAUAUGAUGAUCAUCAUCAUCAGUUCCAACAGCAACAGCCGCCUGAUCAUCAUCAACCACAUAAUUCACACAACAUGGUUGUUGGAGGAUUCGCCAACCAGCUCAUGCAGAAGGGCGGCCCACAAGAAAUGUCUCAGCUUUUUGAUCAUCAUACCAACUCAGCUGCAAGCUCUACAAUGACUGACAUGGGUCUCUUUAGCCAAGUCUUCAUGGGGAUUGGUGGUGAUCCCCAUCAUCAUCAUGAGAUUAGUGCUGCCAAUAAUAGUUCUAGUCCUAAUUCGAUACAUGGAAUUCGAAUCAACGCAAUGGAACGGGGCGCGAUGGGACCGUCCACAACACUUGAUCUGCUAGGGAUUGGAGGGUCAAGGCCACCAAAUCUGCAUGAACAUCACCACCAGCAACAAAGGUUGGACUUGGAGGCAAUGAGCCAGCACAGAUUACCAGCAGCAAUCAUGAACCCUUUUCAGCAACAGCGCUCGCAUGGAGAUUCAGCUAUGGAAAAACAGAUUUGGGAUGUUUGACAAAAAAGUACAUGCAUGUUAUGAUACUUAUAACUUCCUCAUCAUUUGAAGAAGAAGAAGAAGUAGGUCUUGUUUUGCAUUUGCUUAGACUGUGAGAGAGUUUGAGAUUUGGAGCCUGAUUAUCAUUUCAUUUUAUUGUAUUGUGAUGAUGGGGUCUUGGAAAUUCUUUAGGGCAUAGUCAAAUCUGGGCCUUUUUUCUGUCAACCCAAGUCAUCUUUUUUAUGUACUGAGUUUUUAUGACCCAAUGAGAUAGA